AUGUCCGGUAGGUCUCCUGGCCCCCCUGGGGGCUCAGAGAGGACAAUAUGCCGCAGCAACGUACCAGAAUGGAUGCUUGGUCCGGAUGAUUUAGGCCAAGUGAUUGUACUAGUCUUGCGACGUAAACUGGAUGACAAAGUGCCUGGUGAUCAACAACAAGAAAAUGCUGCCUUACCGGACUCCAUCAUUGUGGGUGCUUCCAUAGAGCUCAUGGUUGGUGUGAAGGAAGCCAGAACCAUAAGCGCUUCUCGCGAAGGUCGCGGUACACGCUACAUUCUUCGCACUAGCUCCAAAACUAUUCUCGAGAAGCUCACCAAAAUCACGAAACUGACAGACGGCACUGAGGUUGAAAUCGUCCAUCAUCCUACGCUCAACACCGUUCAAGGAAUAGUGUAUGAUACGGACACCAUCAACAAAGACGAGAAUCUGAUUCUGGACUACCUCAAACCCCAGGGUGUUCAUGCAGUAAGGAGAAUCAGGAAACGAGUAAACGGCGCUUUUAAGAAUACUCCACUAUUGGUUCUGUCCUUCCAUGGCACCACUGUGCCGGAUAUUGUCUACUUUGGACUACUGCGUAAAGAAGUCAGGGGUUACUACCCUUCGCCCAUGAUCUGCUACAACUGUGGAUACUACGGACACUCUAAGAAAAUCUGCCAGCAGCCCAGCAUCUGCCUACGAUGUGCCGUCCAACAUGAUGUUCCCGAUGGCGAACAUUGUGUCAAUCCGCCAAACUGUCUUCACUGCAAGACUGGACAUCAAACGACUUCGCGAGACUGCCCUAAAUACCAAGAGGAGGAGAAAAUUGUUCGUUUGAAAGUCGACAAAAGCAUUUCAAUUACUGAAGCAAGACGCCUGUACGCAGAAGAAAAUAAACGGGAAACUUUUGCAACAGUUGUACAAGAACAAAUCCAACAACAACUGGCUGCCAAAGAUCUCCUAAUAGCUACAUUGCAGCAACAAGUAGCUACACUAACAAAAGAGCUCGCCGCUUUGAAAGAAGCACUGAAAUCAUUCUCCCACAGUCAACCACCAUCACCACACCAUCAACAGAAUACUACCACUACCCAGAAACCGUCUUCUAAAGCUUUUUCAAGUACACAUGUGCAGCAAAUUCAACCACCACAAACCGAGCGGCUAUCUAGGAAGGACCAAUCAGGUAUCCCGCCGCAGCAAGAGCAACGAGAAAACCGCAAAAACAACAGACAGCAGUGCACUAUCAUGACUCGUAGUAGAAGCAAUAAACGGCACAUGGAAUUCUCACCUACAGAAAUAGCGCACCACCAGGGCAAACGAACGCCAGCACCGUCGAACAAAACCAGUACAUCCAUCAACGCAGAAUCAAAUAAUGGACCAGGAACCUCAUAA